GAUAUGCAAUUUGAAUAUGAGGCGACUUCGCACACUGCAUGAGGCAGCAACGUGUGGGUGCAGACUGUUGAGUGCUUCUUUAACCUUGAAAUAACCUGUCCUACACUUACUUGUCCUCUGUCGCAUUGAAUUCGAGAGUCUUGCAUAAUUCAGCAACUUGAGCCCAGUGCCUAGAUCAAUACCAAAAGCAAGAGAGUGGUGAAUAUGUCGACAUUCAACGUACUCGUCGUUGGCCAAACUGGAUGUGGGAAGAGCUCGGUCGUGAACAUACUCGCAGGAGAAAGCCGGGCACCCACAUCAGGCGACCUUAAUCACUGUACUGAACACUGGACUGAGUACACAAUUCCAGUCGAUGGUCGUUCAUUUCAAAUCUUUGAUACCAUUGGUUUUCUCGAACCCGGGCUGGAUACAAAAGGGUAUACGGAAGCUAUCGCUGAUACAUACCUCGCGAUCGAUGCUCUAAGGCAAAGAGGCGGUAUAGAUCUACUCCUCUAUUGCGUACGCAACGAGGAGAUCGAGAAGAUGAGGGGUCACUAUAGGCUGUUCCAUGAAGUGUUUUGUGAAGAAGACGUCCCAGUCGCUCUCGUCGUCACAAAUCAUCGUGGCGUAAACCAGAAAGGCUACAAGGCGAUCUUCAGCUCGCACAAAAUCGCUUGUGUGGACUAUGUCUGCGCAAACAUUGCUAGCAUGCGUGGAUCUGAAGAUCUAGCUGCGAACAUCGAGUCGCAGAAAGCGAUCCAGGAACUUCUGGUGAAAUGUUGCGAUGCAGGACCUAAUCCUAGGUCUGCUCUGCAACAAAUAUGGCGGCGAGUUCAAAAAUUCGUUGGGACAGACCAGUCUCGAGGCCUCAAACGAAAUGAAGUAUCUGCGCGGCUCACGCAGCGUUGCAAGAUGGAACAGGAGGUGGCCGAGCAAUUGCUCGCAGCCCUCAACCUCGAGUCGCCGUCGAGUCGGCUUUAUCGAGCACCCUAUGCAGGCGCUUCAACUCACAAGUUGCCUUCGUCAGCGAACAGUGACAGUACUCGAGAUGAACAAGUGUCAGACGCCAGGCCGAGCUCUGGAUCUCAGUUACAUUCUGUUGUGGAUAGUAGUACCUCUCUGCGUUCUCGCCCAGACAACUGAUGUCGUCACCCGAGCACCAAUCCGUCAGAACAUGUGUACUUGUGAGAUGAGAUGAACCAUACUUGACCAAAUGCUUCAGCUGUACCAUAUGCUUCCCUCGUACAUGUCAU